AAAUCGUCGUGCGUUCACACGUUUCAGCUACACUUUGAUCACCCAAAAUAGCGAAGCAGGAUAUAAGUCGAACCCGGGUGAAUGUCAUUUCAGUGCACGCAAGAAAUCGGAGGAGUAACUUCGGCGCUCAACUCAGCAAUUUGGAUACUAGCCUUGAAUUUCCGAUGUUUUCAGGGGAGAAUCCCAACAGCACUGUCCACAUGCCUCUACCAGAAUUCAGUGCAACGACCAAUCUGCCGGGAUACUACGGCGUUACGGACUCUGUCCGUCCUCGGACGGACAGCGUGGCUUUGCUGACCCACCGCAGAAAGAGGACCAACUUCACCCAGCAGCAGAUCGAGGUCCUAGAAAAGGUCUACGCCGAUACCAUGUAUCCAGACAUCUACCUGCGCGAAAGACUGGAGGCUCUGACGGGACUGCCGGAAUCCAGAAUUCAGGUGUGGUUCCAAAACAGACGAGCAAAAUCCCGACGUCUAACGGGGAUCCCCGCAUCACUGAAGCCCAGCAGCCCUAGCCAACCGUUGAAGCAGCUCCAGAAUAGGAUGCCGGCAGAGAAGCAGAUAAUGGCCCGUUACACGCCGGGAAAUGACUUCAGGAUCCCAUCGACCAGCAGGACGGAAGAUGCGUGGCCGAAGGCCAGAACCCCGCACGGCGACAGCUACGGACAUUACGGCGUGUCUCCGGUUUACGAGGCAGCUGACGGCCACCAACAGACAGAUGCCUGUGCUGCAGCGGUAGCCCACAGCGGUGUCUUACAUUACCGCAAAGAAAACGCGCAUCUUCCGCAGCACAGCGUCAGUAACCAGCCCAAGCAUGUUAUAGUGGACUACGACAACUUCCCGCCGAACAAGACUAUCGGACCUGAGAUGAAAGUUGUGAUCCCCCCAUUGCCUUCAUGUACCACCUUCAGCAGGUCAUCACCCAAGGGGUCGAUGCCCCCGGUCGGAGUCAUGCGGGCGGAAACCGGGCUAAGCGGCUUCCGGAGUUUCUCUCCGAUCAAUGACUCCGAGUCUGGCGACAAACUAUCGGAUUCCGAUUCCGACUGGGAAACCGGAACGAUAUCUGACUUUAACGACUUCAUUUAUUCUUCAUAAUGUCGACAAAAAUCGAGUUUAAAUAUGUAUUCAUAAUUUUCGCCGGGAAUUAUUUAUUGUAUAAUGACUUUUUGCUUAAUCACACUUACAAAAUUUUUAAUAAAA